AGUAUAAAAGUUUGACUUGUGCCAAGCGCGUUGAUAACUUUCUAUCAGCAUCUGGAGUGAGUGCCACAGAAGACUUGUGGUCAGAGUAGUGUGUGCAACAAGUAUGAGUGAAAUAGCAAACACGACAAAUAUUUAUCUCUCGCGACAGCAAUGUCAGCAACAAAAAACAGCUACACAAAAUUGUAACUUCGAUAAAAAGUCGGCGAGCAGUCGAUGCGCAACUUUUGUCGAAGCAGCAACAAGCAACAAGCAGCAGCAAGAAGCACCGACAACAACAACAACAAGAGCAACAUAUGAAAAAGUGUUUAAGUGUCAAAAAUAACCAAAGGAUGCAGCCUUCGUCCUUGUCGCUGGCCGAACGCCUCGCUUUCUUCAGCAGCCUCUGCCAGAGUGCCUCCUGUGGCACCACCACGGGCAGCGCACGUGUAGCGGCUCGUAGCAGCAUUGGUUUUGCACCGCGCAGUCCAUCCUACGCCUCCAUGGAACGCACACCCCGCAGCAGCAUCGCUGGCAGCUGCAGUAGCACAAGCGUCACGCCCACACCCACGUCCAUGGAGUACACGCCCAACAUGCACGAGCUGCGACUACAAGCGGUGCAACAGCAGCUGGAACAACACCCUGAACAGAGGCAGCCAGUGCAGCAGCAACAGCCAAGCCAGCAGCAGCAACAACCUGAACAGCAGCAGCAAGAACAGCAACCACUACAGCAGCAGUCACAGCAACAGCAGCAGCAGCUGGAGAAGCAGCAACAGCCAGCCCAGCAACAGCCAGGACAACCGCAGCAGCAACAGCAAAAUCCACAGCAACAUCCACAGCACAAUGGUUUCCACGAACUUAGCCGCUCGGCGACGGCACCCACAACGACAACAGGGACGACAACAUCAACAGGAGGAACGGCCGAGUCCUUGCUAGAUGCAAAGCCCACAGCACAACGACGUGUGAGACUGCGCACCGUGGGCAAACUGGUGCUUCCCGAUACUUUUCUCAGUGAUCGUAACAACAACAAUAACAGCAUCAACAACAGCAACAGCAGCAGCAACCACAGCAAUAGCAAUGGCUAUCGGAAUAGCUGCUUGGGGCGCAUGCAAACCGUGGAGGAUAUACACAUCUCGAUGGGUGUGCGAACCAUCGGCAAAAUCAAGUCACCCUUCAUCGAGCAGCAGCAGCAACAGCAGCAACAGAUGCAGCAGCAACAGUUGAUGCAGUGCACCCCAACCGGCAAAUUUGAGUUUAAAACGACUUCACAUUCGCUGAUGAAUGGUUCCAGUGACAGCGGCGAUGAUGUACAUGGCUCCGAUUCCGGCAAGGAGAACUGCGCCGCCAAUCAGCAGCAACAGUCAGAGCCACCUUCUGCUCCGGAGUUACUGCGCAAGUUGACGCUCCUCACUCAGAUUACGGUGCAGCAGAGGGCAACGCCACAGCCUGUUGUCAAUCGUCGCCACACCACUGAGGUGGUUGGCACCACAACACCAACCACAAACGCAUCCCCAUCCACAGCAACCACUCGUGGUCCCUCAAAUGUGGAUGAGCGCAUUGCCAAAUAUUUUGGGCCGACUGAGAACUUUAAUUCGACGACGACGGUGCACAAGACCCGCUCCAUGCCAACGACAACAACCAACAACAACCACAAGCCGCAGGAGGCGCUCAAUGAACAUGUGCGUCUGCCUGCCACAGCCGCAGCUGCAGCUGCCCCACAUAGUAGCUGCAACAAUACAAGUGGCAACUUUGGCCUGGGCAUCAGCAUUGUGCAACGGCGUCGUGAGCUGCUCAAGCGGACGCGUGCCAUGUCGCUGGAGGUGUCGGCAACCGAUGGUUGCAUCAGUCCCACAGCCACGCCCAGUCCGAAGAGGGCCCACUCACCGGGGGCGUUACGGUUAAGGACGAAGCUGAGGUCGUCGAGCAUUGCCAGUUUCGAGGAUAUUGUGAUCACGCCGGAUGAGUUGCAUGCUGCUAGUCAGGAGUUCAAGCGACUCUGUGGCGAGAUUUUGGGCACGUGAAAAAUGCAAAUGCAAAGUAAAAUGGAAAAUUGUAAAUUUUUGGCAAACCUAAUAAAAUUUCACAAAUUUUUCGAUACCCUUUCAAAAAAAAAUUAAAACCACAACAGAAUGAAACAGAACGAAAUUGUCAUUUAGAAAAAAUUGUUGUGCUCACUUUUUUUGGUUGAGAGAAGCUCUCUUUCUCUCUCGCUCCCGCCAUCGUUUUCUUUCUCGCUCACUCUUUCACUCUUCCCCAAAGCAAAACGAAUCGAAUGAAGGAUAAUACAGAUAUAAAUAUAAUAAAGGAAGAUUCCCUAAAAACGAAACGAACCCUUGAUAAUUAUGUUAAGAGUUCGACAUUGCAUCCCAAUCGAAAUAUGUUCUAAUCGAUAAGGUGCAACACAGAAAUAUAAUAUUUUGAGCUAAUUAGGAUCAGUUGCGAUAUAUAUAUAUAUAUACCUACUAAAUAAUAUUCCAAUGGGAACCAGUUAUUAAUUUUGAUUACAAUUAAGAAUUGAAAUAUUGUGCAACUAUGUUGAUGAGUGCUUAUUAUUCAUGCCCUUUUUUUAUUAAUUAUUUAAACUUGAACGAAUUGUACCUUAAAUGGCAUCAUAAUUAU